AUGGAUUUAAAUACAGAUUAUCCGUUUAUUGACAGCUUUGGGGCUACAUAUAAACACAAAAUCGAGUUUGAUAACCUCUCUGGCAUCAUCCCGACUUCCAGCAGCUCUUUGACACCAACCAGAACCCGUGAAAAUAAACUUGAAAACCCAGGAGAAUGGGGUGAAAACAAGGGAGGAAACUUCAUAUCGUCGGCAGCAAGCGACUCUCCAUCGCUAGUAAACCGCCGUGAUCUAGUGUUCUGCCUCCUAGGUAGCUAUGCUUAUUUGACCCUCUAUGAGGUUCUGGAUAGCCUUGAUGAUGAUGAGGGUUACUCCUGCAGCUUCUCGCCAGGACGCAGUCGAAGCAGAAAACAUCGGUGA